AGGUUGGAACUGAACAUUCGUUCAACAUAUAUUGCGUGCAUAUGUUGAUGUUGAAUUGCAUGUCUGUGUUGAAAGGCGACAAGAGAGUAGUAGCAAAAGUAGAAGAAAAAAAAUAUAUCAUAAGCAUUUGUGCACCUCGUAGCUUUGCGAACAAAAGAAGUACAAAAAAAGAGAGAAGGAAGAAAAAUAUUUUUACGCGCUACUUAAAUAUUUAAUACAAUAAAAAAAUCCAAGCAAUUUGCGUUUAGUUUAUUUUGUGUGCUUUUUUUUCUCCGUUUUGUGUUUUUAACAAUGGUCUAUUGCCUGCAGCAGACAAAUCACCAAAUUGGUUCCGAAUAAAUAGAAACAUCGAAUGGGCAAUAGUACACACACGUCGAAAGCGACGAAAAAAACACCUUCCAAUUGACAAGAGAGGCAACAAUAGGGAAAAAAUUCCAUUCGAUUUCGGUCAAAUCGAAGAAAAUAGUUCACGUGAGAGAUAUUCGUCGUCGGCUAGUAAUAAAAUAAUGGUGCAAAACAAAGUUACAUGACACAAACACACAAUUCAUCGAUUAAAAAUCAAGAUAGACGAAAACAAAAAAAAAAAAAACAAUUUCCAACUAGAAAAGUGACAGAAAAAAUUGCUGCAAUAAAUUUACUUGAAAUUUUGAAUAAAAAAAGAUGUGGAAGAAACGGCGAUUUGUGAAAAAGCAAUAGGAAAUAUAGGAAACGAGGAAUGCCAAAAAAAACAGAGACAUAAAUUUUAUUGAUGUGAAAAACCAGCAUAAGUGUACUGUCAUUUCACUGUGGCUCACUGGUGAGCAAAAGGGACAAAACGACCUAGCGAAUUGAAUUGAAACACGAAAGCAAAACGAAAAAAAGCAACAACACAACAAUAAAAACCAUAUUCAUUGUGACUGAUUUAUAUCAAAUACUAGCGUGGACGAUCAAUGAAUAAUUUCGAUUUUACUUAAGUAACGAAAAAAGAAUUGACCAUUUAUCGCCAUCAGACGAAUUCAUCGCAUGGUAUUGCACCUUAAUUACGAUAAAACAACAACACCAACAACCGAAUCGAAAUUGUUUGCAUUCUUGUUACUUUGGUUCCUUCGAUGUUAUUGAAUCAUUCUUGUGAAAUAGCCGCUACUUGUCAAUGCUUGCUCACAUGCAAUCAAAAAAAGUAUUGAAAGCAAACAACAACAACAAAAAAUCACACCAAACACAUUGAGCACCACCAAAUCGUAUGAAAAAAUAAUGAGAGAAAAUCGUUUGAAUAGAACACAUCAAGUAUAAAAAUAGUCAAACUGCUCAAAAGCCAUUGCAGCAACAACAACAACAACAACGUGAAAAAAAAAGAAACGAAUACGCAUAUGAACGUUGGCCAAGAGUGAGUGAAGAAACGAGAACGCGAAUCAACGUAGAAAAAUAAAGUCGAAUUGAAUCAGUGAGGUGUCUCUGUGUGUAUGUGCGCGAAUGUGUGCAAAUUUGUUGGAAUCGUUUGUUAUUUUUGUUGUUAAUUCAAUGAGAACCGAAAGCACAAACGCCACAUUUUGCCCAAUAGAUUGAUAUUUUUACCAGAAAAAGAAGAAGUUUGAAGCAAAAAAUAUUCAUUUUGUUGAUUGUUUGUAGAAAGGUGAAUGUUAAAAUCCAUUUGAGCUUGGUGAAUCAACGGCGAAUUUUUUAAACAAAAUAACAAAAACAACAACAACAACAUACUAAAGUUUGACACAAUCCCUGUCUCUUUCUUCGUUCGAAUCAUAAUUCAAAGUGCUCAAAACCAGCCCGUGGAGGAAAUACACUAUAUAAACACAAUACAAAGAAAGGCACAAAAAAAGAAGUGAAUUUUAAGUCAGCAUUGUUUCGAAUUAUAAUGAGUCGUCAUGAAGGUGUUAGCUGUGAUGCUUGUCUAAAGGGUAAUUUUCGGGGUCGACGCUACAAAUGUCUGAUUUGCUAUGAUUAUGAUUUGUGCGCCGCAUGCUAUGAAGAAGGUGCGACCAGCACAAGCCAUUCGGUUGAGCAUCCGAUGCAAUGUAUUUUAACGCGUGCCGAUUUCGAAAUCUAUUAUGGCGGUGAACCAUCGAAUAGCGAACAGCCGCAAAGCUUUACGUGUCCUUAUUGCAAGAAAAUGGGAUUUAGUGAUACAGGUUUAUACGAUCAUGUGAGCGCCGAGCAUACGGACACCGGUUUAGAGGUGGUGUGCCCAGUUUGUGCUGCAGUCCCCGGUGGUGAUCCGAAUCUAGUCACAGACGAUUUUAGUGGUCAUCUGACGCUUGAACAUCGGACUGGGCCACGAGAUUUAAUCUCAUUUCUGGAUGAGCCAUCUGCGAUUCGUCAUGGAGGUGUUCGUCGUAUGCCACAUUCAGGUCGUGCAUUGGGUGGUCCCCGGCCACGUCGUUCAAACAUGCAUUUAAGUUCGUCGAGCGGUUUGUCUGCCCUGUCACCAUCAGGCCGAGAGUCGGUUGAUCCAAUUGCCGAGCUGCUAUCACAGUUGAGCGGUGUUCGUCGUGGCAAUCCACCACCAUCCCAAUUACAGCAACUUCAAAUGCAAAUUCAAUUGGAACGACAACAAGUAUCGGCUGCGCGUCAACAACUGGAGAGAUUGCCACGUCGGCCACAGCCCGUGUCUUCGUCAUCCGCAUCAAAUGCGCUGAACAGUGGCUCAGCGGGCGCUUCAAACGGAAUUGGUUCGACAAAUCAUUCGUCGAGCAAUAAUAACAAUUCUGGUCGUGAUAUUACAAUAACAUCAAAUCCCCUAUUAUUAGCAGCUGCUGCCGCGGCCGCAUCAUCUUCAAAUUCAAACUUAGGAUCGGGUUCAAAUGCAAAUGGUAUGAUUGGAUUUGGAUCGAAUAUUAACACAAACAUUUUGGGUUCCGCUAUGCAGAGCAAUACAUCCAAUCAAUCGAAUCCAAGCAAUCGAUUCCUGUUGACUCGGUUCACACAACCAACCUUAGAUGAAUCCGAUUUGGCUCAGCUCGAACGUAGCCGUGCAGAAAGAUCACAGUUCGUUCAAUCAUUGUUGCUGUCGACGUUAUCGCUAUCCGAUGAGAAUGAUGAACAAAACAACACACUGGACGAUGUUGCUUUCCAUCCAGAGCAAAUAUGCGACGACCCGGCAAACACGGUGUCACUUGAUUCAGUUACAUCGAACGCACCAACCGCACGCGCUAGUGAGUAUGAAGAGGCGAAAAAGAAGCAAGAAUCAGCAUCACAUAGUGAUUUAGAUUCGCUUCCGCCACAUUUGUCAGCUCCACAAGCACAGCAACGUAGUAGCUCGAAGCCGAAAACUGGUUCCAGUAAAUCGAAUCAAUCGUCAGCAAAUCCACAAUCGACAAAACCGGCACGGGAAAAAGUCGUUUCAUUGCCUAGCGACACAAGGUAGUUUGCGCGUGUCCAAUCUCACACCAUCCUCCUCCCAAAUAAUAACAAAAUACAUAUAGCAAAAUGGAUUGAACCACAAAUAUACGUUUUAAUGAAAUUGUUUGCAACGCAAACUCACACACACACACAUACACAAACCGCUUACAAUUGAUGAUAACCUUAAAUGUGAAAACAACAACGGAAUACUAUGUGAGCGAAACAUGGAAAAUGAAUGUGGAUUAAAAGAGAUUUAGUUGCAUCGAAAUUUGAAAUUUAAAAAUUGAAUCGAAAAAUAACACAGUAUAAAUAUUAUCCUAUUCGCGUGAAACACCAGGCCGAGUUAAUUCCUGCUGUCAUGCAUAUAUGAAUUUCUAUUUUCUUCAAUAAAAAUUACGACAGAAAAACAAAACAAGAGAGAGAGAGAGAGAGACAGAGUAAAGAGAUUCAACUGUUCAGUCCGAACGAUAUUGAAAUCAGAGGAGAAAGUUGCAUGAAUUUGUUUUUUUCUUUUGAUUGUAAAAAAUUCAAUCAGUUGAAAGAUUGUACUUUUUUUUUGUUUUAAAUGUUAUUUCAUGAAGAUGGAAAUUUGUGAUGUGUGUGCCUAUGCAUUCGGGCUAAGACUAACGUAUACUUGACCUGCAUAAAAUGAUUCGUUUUUACUCGAUAUCGAAAGAUGUCUUUGAUCAGAAUUUGAUGAAAUCAGCAGAUCAAUCACAAAUGUUUCAUACACACACAAUUUAAUUUAAACUCUCACAUUUUAAUGCGUAUUUCUUUUUUUAGAACAUAAUUUUUCUUUCAAUUAUGAUAUAUGCAUACUCUUUUUAUUAUUAUAAAUUAAACAUAUUAACAAAAUAGCCACAAAUUUAGUUUGUUAUUGUAUUCCAAAGCCAAAAUCUUCAACGUAUGAAAGAAAUUGCAAAUUUAUUUAAAAACAUUGAAAGAAAGAAAAAAAACACAAAAACAACAUAAUGUAAAAUUUAGUUUAUUUUCUAAAAAAAAAAAAUCGUAGAAUUUCACGAGCAAACAAUGAUGUAUGAGCUGUAAAUUAUUCUUAAUAAUAAUCCGAAAUAAAAACCUCAAAAAAUGAAUCUAUGAAAA